GAACAUGAAAAGUUUUAUGAAAUGUUCACGGUGAAUACUGACGUGGUACCAUCAUACUGACGUAGCCUAAAGCACUCUGCAUCCCGGUGUAAUCAAGAUUGCACAUAAACCUUACGUAAAGUCAUGGAUUAAAACCCUAUCCCUUAGUAACUCACUUGAACUGUUACAUUUACUUUUUGUGCUCACUUAAGAUGACAUUUCCAUCAUCUACAGUAACCUCUUGAGUUUCCAUGCAACUAAUUCGCGCGCAAAAGGCACCAUCUGUUGCAUGUGACUAUCUCCAUGGCACCGGGCAUCGCGCUCGAGAUUCCUGUGCCAGUCAAUUUUUAUUGUUACAGUUUGCCAGUGCGCAGGCGCAAACCAGGGGAGCGCGGAGCCUGCAGAACUGCGAGCGCUCCGUGGUACAAAGGACCCAUACCAGACAGGCACGGCGCAGCGUUACCAUGAUCUUCUCCAUCCCACCGAUAGAUUCCCAUCCCGCCUGCAUCACUUUAACGACCAGCUUCCAGCAAGUCCGCAAGCCUGACCGACGCUGCCCUGCCGCAGAAUGCACGGGGGAAAAAGAGGACUGGUGGCACCACAGAACACUUUUUUGGAAAAUAUUGUCCGUCGCUCAAGUGAGACAAGUUUCUUGUUGGGCAACGCUCAAAUCGUGGAGUGGCCUAUAGUUUACAGUAAUGACGGAUUCUGCAAGCUGUCUGGUUACCACAGGGCAGAGGUCAUGCAGAAGAGCAGCACCUGCAGUUUCAUGUACGGCGAGCUGACAGACAAGAAGACAAUAGACAAAGUCAGACAGACCUUUGAUAACUAUGAGUCCAAUUGCUUUGAAGUGCUGCUCUAUAAGAAGAACAGAACCCCUGUGUGGCUCUACAUGCAGGUGGCCCCCAUCAGGAAUGAGAACGAUAAGGUGGUCCUGUUCCUCUGCACUUUUAAAGACAUCACUGUCUUCAAGCAGCCCAUUGAAGAUGAGACCACCAGAGGAUGGACCAAGUUUGCCAGGCUGACCAGGGCAUUAACCAAUAGCCGGAGUACACUUCAGCAGCUCACACCUAUGAACAAGACUGAGGUCAACCACAAGCAUUCACGCCUGGCAGAGGCUCUUCAGCUGGGCUCUGACAUCCUCCCUCAAUAUAAGCAAGAGGCUCCUAAAACUCCACCUCACAUUAUAUUGCACUACUGCACCUUUAAGACCUCUUGGGACUGGGUCAUCCUCAUCCUCACCUUCUACACGGCCAUCAUGGUGCCCUACAAUGUGUCCUUUAAGACUAAACAGAACAACCUGGUGUGGUUGGUACUGGACAGCGUGGUGGAUGUCAUCUUCCUUGUGGAUAUUGUGUUGAACUUUCAUACAACUUUUGUGGGACCUGGAGGAGAGGUCAUAUCUGACCCGAAGCUCAUACGCAUGAACUACUUGAAGACCUGGUUUGUCAUAGACCUGCUGUCUUGCCUGCCCUAUGACAUCAUUAAUGCCUUUGAAAACGUGGAUGAGGUAAGCACAGUAGACCCUUCUGCAGUGGGCCACUUGCCAGCUGCGGCCCACUCUCAACGCAACACCACACGUGCGGAGGACUCGAUGUUGCCUGGUCUCAGCAGCCUAUUCAGUUCUUUGAAAGUGGUGCGUUUACUCCGUCUGGGUCGAGUGGCACGCAAACUGGACCACUAUCUGGAAUACGGUGCUGCUGUGUUAGUUUUACUGGUGUGUGUCUUUGGCCUGGUGGCACAUUGGCUGGCCUGCAUCUGGUACAGCAUUGGUGAUUAUGAGAUCAUCGAUGAGGGCACCAACAACCUCAAGAGGGAGAGCUGGCUUUAUCAGUUGGCUAUCAGUAUUGGCACACCAUACCGCUACAAUGCCAGUGGCUCUGGCCACUGGGAAGGCGGUCCCAGUAAGCACACACUCUACAUAUCAUCUCUCUAUUUCACCAUGACAAGUCUCACCACCAUUGGCUUUGGGAACAUUGCACCUACCACAGACGGGGAGAAGAUCUUCUCGGUGGCCAUGAUGAUGGUGGGCUCUCUUCUGUAUGCCACCAUCUUUGGAAACGUGACCACCAUCUUUCAGCAGAUGUACACGAACACCAAUCGCUACCAUGAGAUGCUGAACAAUGUGAGAGACUUCCUGAAGCUCUAUCAGGUGCCUAAAGGACUGAGCGAGAGAGUUAUGGACUACAUUGUGUCCACAUGGGCCAUGACCAAAGGCAUAGACACAGAGAAGGUUCUGUCCAUCUGUCCUAAGGACAUGCGUGCAGACAUCUGUGUGCACCUCAACCGCCAGGUGUUCAACGAGCACCCUGCCUUCCGGCUGGCCAGUGACGGCUGUCUGCGCUCUUUGGCGGUGGAGUUCCAGACUACACACUGCGCUCCAGGAGAUCUCAUCUUCCAUGCAGGGGAGAGUGUGGACACUCUUUGCUUUGUGGUUUCUGGAUCGCUGGAGGUCAUUCAGGACGAUGAGGUUAUUGCCAUUUUAGGUAAGGGUGAUGUGUUUGGUGAUGUGUUCUGGAAGGAAUCCACACUGGCUCAUGCCUGUGCUAACGUGAGGGCUCUGACAUACUGCGACCUGCAUGUCAUCCGGAGGGACGCGUUACUCAAAGUGCUGGAAUUCUACACGGCCUUCGCCAACUCCUUCUCCCGAAACCUCAUCCUCACCUGCAACCUCCGCAAGCGGAUUGUUUUCCGCAAGAUUGUCGAUGUCAAGAAGGAGGAAGAGGAGAGGAGACACCAGAAAAAUGAGGUGACGUUGUCAAUCCCCGUAGACCAUCCUGUCCGCAAGCUCUUCCAAAAGUUCAAGCAACAGAAGGAGAUGCGCACACAAGGUUCAUCCCAGCAUGACCUGGAGAGGAAUCAAUUUCAGGUGGAACACCACCUCCAUCCGCUGUCCCACCAGAUUCAUCAGCAGCAAUAUCAGCCCCAGUACCAGGGACACCAUCCUCUUCAACACCAACACGUGGCCCCGAUGCAAAACGGGGCCCCUGGCUCGGGAAAUGGAAACAGCGGUUCUAGCGUUGUUACCGUCUCACAGAUAACCCCAAUCCAGAGCACUCUAGCGUAUGUUCAGACUGAGGAACCAAACAGGAGUGAAGGCCAUGAGGCUAUGGAGCUCAAGCCCAGCUUUGUUGUAGAGGACUCAAAUUGUCUGAAGGUAACAAGUCCGGUGAGACCAAGAGGAGGAAGAGGACGAGGCUGGAUGCGUUUUCAUAACAUUGCAUCAGGAUCAUCUCCUAUGCUUCCGCUGGAACUGGAGAAGCAGCCACAACAGAAGGAAGAGGAAUGGGGGGAUGUACCCCAGCCGCUAAAUGUGAUCUCUGAAGAUGGGAAGAGCCAGGAAGCAGAGGGAGGGCGGUCUAACGAAAGGGGUCCCGGUGGAAAUGGUAACAGUAGCGAUGAGACUGAUGAGAAUAGUGCUCUACACAAGACUGAUUCUUGUGACAGCGGAAUCACAAAAAGUGACUUGCGCAUUGACCGGGUUGGUGAUUCACGGAGCCCGUACGAGAGAUGUUCAAUGGAAAGGAGCCCGUACGAGCAGCCCAGCCCUGGAGUGGGCGACAUGACCCUUCGGGGGAUUCACUUUCAGCCUGUCCCUGAACAGAAUGUGCUUCAAAACAGUCUGUACGAGGCAAAACUGGAGCUAAAAGGUGACAUCCAGACAUUAAAUAGCCGGCUAGCGGCUCUGGAGGACCAGGUGGGGGAGAUUCUGAGACUUCUAUCAGAGAAGAGGAAACCUUCCCCACCUCCUCAGACCUCCUCGCCAAAAACCCCACUUCAGUGCCAGGACAUCUUUGCUGUUUCUCAGCCUGUCACUCCAGAAACAGAGGGGGACAAUGGACCCCUUUGAAUUAGGAUAAAUAUAUUUAGAUAUUGAUAUGCUGUUUAUAUCACUUCCCUUCCUCACACUCAGGAAGGAAAGGUGAAUACUGAUGAUUAGAGGAAGGAUCCUUGCUGUUGUAAAUAUAUACUUGCAUGUCCAGCUGGAAUCUGGCCUGCAGUUGCUUGUACAUGUACAGAGUCGGCUGCAUGCAGAGACGAUUUUAUUCUGACCUUGCACAUGGGAUCUUCUAACCAGGUGAUAUUUCAGGGCAUUUUCUCUUUGAACGACAGCUUGAUGCCCUAGAUGUGGGAUCUUGGGUUGUUUUAAGACAGGAUCAGGCUUGGUUUAAUGCUGUCAUCGGUCGAUCUUCAUAGUGAAAUGGCUGUUAACAGCAACAGUCAUUUAAAUUGGAUAGGUACUCCAAAAAUGAUGAUUCCGUCAUCAUUUACUGAUGUCGUUACAAAUCCAUAUGACUUACUUUCUUCUGUAGAGCAUAAAAGAAGAUAUUUUGAAGAAUGUAUUACCUGUUUUUGUCUGUACAAAAAAACGGUAAUACUGUGGGAUCCAACAUAGCUUUAGACCCUAUAAAGUUUUAUUGUAUGGACAAAAAACCACCGAGACAUUUUACAAGAUUUUGUGUUUUACACAAAGAAAGUCAUAUAGGUUUGAAACAACACAAGGCUGAGUAAUUGAUGACAUAUCUUUCAUUUUUAGGUGAACAAUGCCUUUAGCAUAGUUUGCUCAAAUAUUAUUUCCCCCAGUAUGCAGUUCUCCUUUAUAAGCAUAAUGAUUGGAAGUUUGCAGGAUUGUUUGCCUAGAUGAUUUCUUGGAUGUGAUUAAGGCGAUUAUCUAAUAACUAAACUCAUUUUUGAUAUUCGAAACACAUUUCAUUACCAACACUGUUUCAAAUUCCAUUAUCAUUAUCGCCUUUUCUGUAUUUAUUUUGUGGAACGUUAUGAUAGAUAAGAGAGUAAUGACUUAGCCCAAUUUUUGAGGGGCUGUUUUACAUGUUUUAGAGAGAUAUAUCUGCAUGCUGGAUGGAUUUAACUCUGCCAUGGUAAGACUAGGGACUAAUUGUUUUUCCCUUAUCAAUUAUGCAAACAUACAAAGUGCAAGUCACAAAAGGAGGCCUGCAUUUUGGGAAAGCAUGAACACAUUCAGGUCAUUUGGAAAUUAUACAAGCAUGCACUGAAUUCUUUGCAUGGCAUCAACAUUGUGUGUUACAUAUGAAAGGUUAUGGAUUCCUAGUAUUGUUUCCCAAGAGAUAUCAAUGUAUACUACCCAUGUAUAAUUUCAUUCCAGAUGCUUAUUUCAAAACCUUUACAUUUUAAUCCAGUACCCAAACUAAAGCCACACUAAACUCCAAAGGCAGUGAUUUUGAAUGAAUCUUUCAGUUGGUCAUUUGAAAGUGCUGUGGGAAACUUUCUAAAUAUUACAUUUUUGUAGCCACAGGCAGUGACUCACUGCGUAUCAGCAUACUUAUGGGUGCUUUAGACAGUUUAUAGCGUAAUGAAUAAUGCCCCUUCACCUCUUAUUUCCCAUCAGUUGUAUUGUAUGUUAUUAGUCCAUUCUGGUGAUGUUCAAACCAAACACAAGGGAUGCUGAAUGGGGUUCAGAAGAGAGACUAUUAAGAUGAAUAUAACAACAACAGGACUGUGGUUGUAUUACUUUUCCUGUUAUUGCAAAUACAUCCUUUAACAUAAAAAUGUACUAUCAUAAAGCAAACCACAAACAAGCAACAGUGCGUCAAAGCAAUAGGAUUUAUCGUAUAUCCCUCCAGUUAUUCCCCAAUUUGGUUCCCUCUUUGAUAAACAGAUGCUUAUCACUGUAAGUGCUCAGAUAAUAAUAUUAGUUCACUACUAAUAGUUUGGGUUAAUCAUCGUUUUAGAGUUUAUGAUGUUUAUUGGGACCAAAGAUAUUAGUUCUUUUGUAUUAAUCGCAUUAAAUCAGUGUCCUGCUCAAAUUCUCAGCCCCAUUAUUAGCUGUCACUAGUGGAUGGUGAUAAAAGAGUUAUUGGGCUUUCUGUUUAAGAAAAAUAAACAUAAGAAAGAUGCCAGUAUUCAGAGAAAUAGGGGCAUAAUAUUUCCAAACCACAUGAUUUGAUAUUGAGAAAAGGGAUAGUUAACUAAAACAUGAAAAUUCUGUCAUCAUUUACCCAUAUGAAUCUUUCUUUAAUGUAACAAAAAAUGAAAAAGAUUCAUAUUGUACUGGUCAA